UACAUGGUUUCUCAGGAAAUCAUCGAAAUUUUCUAACUUUUAUACGUAAAAACGAGUUUUUGACACGCAUUCUAAGCUCAAAUCAAAUGUUUGAAUCAAAAAAUCGUUUUCUAACCCACAUGCGCAAUGAUUUGUGUAGAAAGAAGAAGGAAAGUUUGUGUGUGGACAAAGUGUCCUCCAACCUAGCUUGCACAGGACAUGGAUCUAGGCACAAUUGUACAAAUGUGGGUGCCAAACAUGGUGCCCAGUCAGUCCAUCCCUUCACCCUGGUGGAGUCCUAUCUGCAAACUGUCACCAAGUCCAUUAAAGAGGAUUUGAGAGCAGUGGACUCUGAGCUCUUGGAUGUGUCAGAGUAUUACUUUGAUGGGCAGGGGAAGUUGUUUCGACCAAUGUUGGUCAUGCUCAUGGCAAAGGCUGUCAACUUCCAUACCAACCAGAUGGAUAGGUUACUGUCCAGCCAGGAGAAGAUUGCAGUGAUUGCUGAGAUGAUACACACAGCCAGUCUGAUGCAUGAUGAUGUGAUUGAUGCUGCUGACUCCCGGCGAGGUAAACCAUCCAUCAACCAGGUCUUUGGACAUAGGAAGUCAAUCCUAGGUGGUGAUUUUGUAAUGGCAAUGGCGUCGAUCGCCCUGGCACGUAUACGAGACGAAGAAGUCGUGUCCGUAGUUGCUCAGAUCACAGAAGACUUAGUCAGAGGAGAGUUUAUGCAGCUUGGUUCUAAGGAGAAAGAAGAUGAGAGGUUUACUCACUACCUCAACAAGUCCUUUAAGAAAACUGCAAGUCUACUGGCUAACAGCUGUAAAGCAGUGGCCAUUCUCAGUCAUUGUGACGAGGGCAUUGAAGAGAUUGCAUACGACUAUGGCAAAAAUGUGGGCAUUAGUUUUCAAUUAAUUGACGAUCUCCUAGAUUUUACCUCCUGCGAUCUUGUCAUGGGUAAGCCCACAGCGGCAGACCUCCGGUUGGGCUUGGCCACUGCACCAGUCCUGUUUGCCGCCAAAAAGUUCCCCGAACUCAACGCUAUGAUCAUGCGGAGAUUCUCUGAGAAAGGGGAUGUGGAAACAGCCAGGGAACUGGUUGCUCAGAGUGACGGUAUAGAACAGACACGCCAAUUGGCUCAUGAGCACAGUGCAGAGGCUGUAAGGCAGAUACGGACACUGACAGAGUCACGAUACGUCACUGGCCUUGAAAUGCUUGCCAAUAUUGUCCUUUCACGGAAAAAAUAACACGUGUGCCUCUUAGAGACUUUAACAAAUUGAUUUUAUUUAGUAAAUAUAUAUACCACAGUCAUACUACUUUGCUUUACUACUUGUCAUGUCAUGUCUGUUGGAGAAAUGAAAAGGUUUAUUUUUUACAUCACUUAAUCUAUAUGAAUAAUUGCAAUACGUCAUAGAACACUUGUAUCAAGUUGUUUUUCUUCAGGAUAUACAAAAGUAAAAAAGAAAAGUCUGGUUAAUGUUUGAAAUUUUAAAAUUAUUAAGUACCGGUAUUUGUCUUAUAACUUUACAACCACAUGCAGCAAACAACCAUCAAGCUAUACAUUAUUUUGUACAAUUUAUGUAUUCAUUGACUUGUAUCUUAACUUCAAUAUGGCAAUAUGCACAUGUGUAGCAAGUCGCUUAACCUUGGUAAAAGUGAUUGUGGGGUGAUCUAAUAGAAAACCCCAGAAGAGCACUGCAUUAUCUUGCUGUGUUCAUGUUACUGCUAUUGCCAGUGUACAAGCCUGAUUUACUUGGAAGGCUUUCAAACAGGUCUCCAUUUUGUCCUCCUCAUCAGCAUUAAUGAACUACCUCUGUAAUGGUAUAUCAUGGGCUCUGUUCCCAGGAAAAUGAACUGUUAGGGCACGCAAUGAUGGAGUUUGAUAUGAUAAUGUUCUAGUCAUUGCUGCUUUACAGUACAAGUAACAGUUUAGGAAAGGUUGAUGUUUUGUACAACUGAAAUGUACAAUAUGUUGAAAGUCUAUAAAGCUGAAACUGCCACAUUUUGUUUACAAGUAUCUUAAUACUAGUACGUCAAAUUUUAUACAUGUGUUCUUUUGUCCCUGUCAAACUAUAAAAUUAACCAUUUACCUAUGUUUAUCAAUUGUAUUUUUUGUGUGGCCUAUAUGAUUGAUAUUACUUUUGGCAUUAUACUAAAUGUCUCAGUCAAAUGAUAUGCUCCUUUUACAUGAACAAUAUCAUUGGUUUAUUAACCAGGUUUUCAACGAAUAUGGAUGCCGUUGGUCAGAUGAGUAGGCGGGCAUCAAACAUUGGUUUCCACCCAGUAACUUGAGUAAGAAUUGAUGGAUAGUGAUGCAACUUGGUGUGAAGGUAGCUUGUAAUAGGAUCUAGGUUUGGAUUGCUUUUGAGUGGGGUUGGGUCAAGGUCUUGAAACUUAGUAUGAAUGUUGCAGUGAAACUAAGCAUACAAGAUACCCCAACUUGAAAUAAAAGUUAAAAUGGAAAGGCUGCUGCUUUUUCUGACACAUACAAGAAAUAAAUUGGCUAUAAUUUUUAAUUUCCCAUGUGAAAAACCUGGUUCGUCGCAUUGAGGUGCUUCUACUUACUAUGAAGACAAUGACUUAGGUAGUCAUCAUCCGAUCAAAAUAGAGCCUCAUCGCUUAAAAGUGACAUUUUUACACAGUCCAGACUUGAUUGUCAUAAAUUGCAUCAGUAACACCAGAGUUAUGCCCCUUCUACAACGAAAUACAGUUGGCUAAUUCAUUGUUUGGGUAUGUCCAUCAGAUUAUGUUCUAAAUAUGUCGACAGUUUUGCUUCUUUUACACUCAAACUGCUUUUGUGUUUAGUUAGGUACACCAGACAAGUUCACCAAAUCACCUAGUCUUUCUAUAACUAUUCAUAAAUGUAAGUACAAGUCCUGUUUUAAGGAACAUUAUACGUGUUUUUGACCACCAGUUUGUUUGAAAGUAUUCUAUAUGCUUUACUUAAAGAUCGUUAAAAUCUUGCAUUUAAAUUCCAUUACAAGAUGUUACAAUGUUGUUUUUAUUGAUGAUAUUUUGUAUGAACAAUUUUAUGUUUUGAAUAAAUUAUAAGAUGACCUCCA